GUCCGCGCGAGGCCGCGGCGGUUGGGGGCGUUGGGAGGCGGCGCCGCGCGGGGUUGGACGCUGGCACCUGAGCGGAGGAGACGGUGGCGGUUUCUAGGACUCGGCGGGUUGAAUUUCAAGAAGAAUGGAUAUGUUAGAGUUCAGAAAAUUUAUGAUUCUUAUCUGGAAGAAUUUUAUUUUAAAGAGGCGGCGAUGGAUUACUUUAAUUGUGGAAAUUAUCCUAAUCGUUAUAUGUUUUGCUACGCUUUUGACAACACGCCACUAUAUUGUUAUAAAGAAGUUUGGACCUUACAACUUUCAUGGUUACUCCUUGCGUACUUUGCCUACGCACAUCAGUAAUCCUUUCAUUUUUCCUUAUCCUUGGCAAUUGGCUUAUGUGCCGUCCAAAAGUACUGUGGUACGGAAUAUUGUUGAACUGGUGAAAGACUUUUUAAACAUCAAUAUGAAAGUUGUGGGCUUUUCCACGGAAAGGGAUUUUGAAGAUUAUGUUAAGGAUGAGAAUAAUUCUAAAAUAGUUCUGGCUGGUAUUGUUUUUAACCACAACUUCAAAAAUAGCAAUGAUCCCCUGCCACUUAAGGUACACUAUUACCUGCGUUUUAGUAAUUAUCUUAAGGAAACAAAGAACCAGGACUAUGAUCACAGAGGAGACUGGUUCACAGGUUAUCUCUUUCCACCUACGCCUUGGGUGGGACCCAGAAACUACAACCCACAUGGGGGAGUUCCUGCAUACAUUAUGGAAGGAUUCCUGACUGUGCAACAUUUCAUAGAUAUGGCCAUCAUCCUCUACCAUAACAGUACUGCACAAUUGCUGUUUGAUAAUAUCAGCAUUUUUGUUCAACGAUUUCCAUACCCGGAGUAUCUUCAUGAUUACUUCUUUAUGUUUUGUGGUAUUUUCGUUCCUUUAGUAAUAGUAUGUAUCUUCUCUAUGAAUUAUCUUACCCUCCUUCAAUCCAUUGUGUCGGAAAAAGAAAACCGACUGAAGGAGUACCAGCUCAUGAUAGGACUCAGUAAUUGGAUGCUCUGGGCUGCCUAUUUCUGCACAUUCCUCUUGUUGUAUACUAUCAUCAUCAUUUUAAUAUGCAUAGCUUUCUUUAUCAAGAUUGAGCCUGUGCCAGUCAUCCAACACAGUAACCCAACUGUGAUCUUCGUUUUUUUGCUGUUUUAUGCCAUUGCCACAAUAUGCUUCAGCUUUAUGGUCAGCACAUUCUUCAAUAAAAGCAAUUUUGCUGUUGCUUCUGGUGGUUUGCUUUUUUUUGCCUUAUACUUUCCAGCUACUGGCCUUUCUUUCUUCUAUACAUCGAUGACAUUCUCCCUGAAGCUGACUGCCUGUCUCAACUCAAAUUUUGCAAUGGCACUGGGAAUUAAAUUUCUAGUCGACAGGGAGUCAAUGCAAUCUGGACUUGACUGGAGUAACAUAUUUGUAUCACAUACACUGGAUGACUUUUGUUUUUCCUAUAUACUGGGAAUGUUUUUAUUUGAUGCCUUCAUGUAUUGCCUUGUGGCCUUCUAUGUAGAAGCUGUCUUUCCAGGAAACUAUGGUGUACCCAAGCCAUGGAACUUUUUCUUCCUGCGCUCUUACUGGUUUGGGGAAGCAUCUGACAAAAGAACUGAAACAGAACUAUUUUAUGAGACAACCCAAAGCAAGUAUUUUGAAGCUGAACCUACUGAUUUAGAAAUAGGUAUCCAGAUCCAACAUUUGCACAAGGUAUUCCAAGAUCGUGGGGCUACCAAAAUAGCUUUAAAGGACUUGUCUUUGAAUUUAUAUAAGGGACAGAUCACUGUUCUUCUAGGACAUAAUGGGGCAGGAAAAUCCACUGCUAUAUCCAUUCUCUCAGGUCUCUAUCCUCCUACCAGUGGAAAGGCCUAUGUUAAUGGAAAGGACAUCUCAAAGCAGAUGGUCCAGAUUAGGAGAUCUUUGGGCAUAUGUCCCCAGCAGGAUCUGUUGUUUAGUUACUUGACAGUAGCAGAACACCUGCAUUUCUAUGGUGUGAUAAAAGGAGCACAUAGAAAGACAAGACGUAAGGAAACUUACAGCAUGCUGUCUGCUUUUAACAUGCUGGAAAAGCAGAAUGCAUUGUCAAAGGCACUGAGUGGGGGAAUGAAGCGCAAACUCUCCAUCAUUAUAUCACUUAUAGGGGACUCUAAGGUAGUGAUACUUGACGAGCCAACAUCUGGAAUGGACCCAGCCUCAAGGAGGGUCACCUGGAAUCUCCUUCAGCAGUAUAAACAGGAUCGUGCCCUCUUACUUACCACCCACCACAUGGAUGAAGCUGAUAUCCUGGGUGAUCGCAUAGCCAUCCUUGUCAAGGGAUCCCUCAAAUGCUGUGGCUCUUCAAUUUUCCUGAAAAAAAUAUAUGGUGUGGGAUACCAUAUAAUCAUAGUGAAGGCACCUAACUGUGAUGUUGGAGAAAUCUCAAGAUUGAUUCAUUAUUAUACACCAACAGCCACUUUGGAGAACAAUGUUGGAACUGAAUUAUCAUUUCUUCUACCCAAAGAGUAUAUGCACAGAUAUGAAACUCUGUUUACUGCUCUGGAAGAAGGACAAGAACAGUUGGGCAUUGCUAGCUUUGGUGCCUCUGUCACUACCAUGGAAGAAGUUUUCCUUAAGGUCAGCCAGACGGAAGAGUCAAUCAGAGAUACAGAAUCUGUGCAGCUUCCCAUCAAGAUGAGCAAAGCCUCUAUUGGAAGUCAGAAUAUAAAUGUGUCAAGAAAUGUUGAGAACGCAGAUUCUGCCUCCAAAAAUCAAAGCCCUCCUGUUAAGUUUAAUGCUGGGUGUUCUCUCUGUAACCAGCAGUUCCAUGCCAUGUUCCUAAAGAGGGUGCUGUUCAGUUGGCGCAACUGGAAACUGGUUUUGCUACAGAUACUGGGACUUUUAUGUUCCUCUGCCUUACUCAUUACUUCUACUAGCUUUUCACGUGAACACGGUACCAGGCAGAUGGAGUUAAGUGAAUAUGGUACUAGCGUUGUGCCUAUUUUUGUUACUGAAAAUUCUGCUUUGGCUACAUUGUUCUUUAAACACUUUGAGAGUAUUCUAAAGUCGAAGAAGCAAAGAAUUAAUAAUGUGCAAGGUGACUUACUGAGUUACUUGAGGAAAAGUAAAGAUUGUAUUAAUAUAUGUAUUGUUGCAUUUUCCGUGGUGGUGUAUGAAAAUCGAACAAUAUUAACUUUUCUGUUCAACAAUGAAGCACUCCAUUCACCAUCUAUUUCCCUGUCAGUGGUAGACAACGUUCUUUUCAGGUUUCUUGCUGGCGAGGAGGCUUCCAUAACAGUCUCCAAUAAACCUCAGCCACUCCCUGAUGACAGUAUAGACGAUAAAGAGACAAAGGAUGGGCGACAGGUGGCUCUGGAUUUACAGUUUGGCAUGUCUCUUUUGGUCAGUGGAUUUUGUAUCCUGACAGUGACUGAGAGAGCCACUAAAGCAAAGAGCAUCCAGUUUCUGAGUGGGGUCUCUGUCUUUGCAUACUGGCUUUCUGCUCUACUGUGGGAUUAUAUCAUCUUCUUCAUUUCCUCCUGCUUAUUAAUGGGACUGUUAACAUACUACAAAUUGUAUAUUUAUGUCAAUGAUUACCACUUUUGGGAAACUCUGCUUAUCCUCACUCUGUAUGGCUGGUCUGCCAUUCCUUUUGUGUACCUGAUGAGCUUCCGGUACUAUAAAAGUCCUUCUGCCUUCAUCCAGCUUCUCCUACUCAACUACUUUUCUGGCACCCUUGGUUAUCUCAUGCACUUCGCGUUAGAAAACGAAGAUUACACUAACAUAUCAAAUGUCACCAGAACCUUCCUGAACAAUUUAUUACUGCUCCUUCCCAAUUUCAACCUUGCGAAGUGCAUUGGUGAAUAUUCUGUUAUCUAUGAGGCGGAGAUAUAUUGCAAAGAACUGAAGUUUCCUGAAAGCUUGAAUUGUACUGAAGAAUUUUUGCAGAAGAAUAUAUAUUCUUUGGAAAAGGAUAAGAUUGGAAAGUAUAUGAUUGCUAUGAGUAUCAUGGGCUUUGUAUUCUUACUCUUGAUUUUCUUUGGGGAGGCAACUUUAUGGAGACUAAGAACAUUUAUCAAUCACCACGUUUACUUUGGCAUCUACAAGCAAAUCAGGAAGGAUAUAAUGUCUAAGGAGUUAUCUGGGAAUUCUGAAGAUAUAGAUGUACAAAAUGAAAGAGAGAAAAUCCUGAAGCAGCAGCCUCAGGAGUUGCUGAAUUCCGAAGUGCUUAUUAAGGAACUGAUAAAGAUCUAUUUUACCUAUCCGGUCAUUCUGGCUGUAAAAAACAUCUCCCUUGCAGUCCAAAAAGGGGAGUGCUUUGGAUUGCUUGGAUACAACGGAGCUGGAAAAACAACUAUCUUCCAAAUUUUGACUGGGGAGAUAAGUGCUACCUCUGGGGAAGUAUUCAUUGAUGGCCUUAACAUCACCGAUAAUGUCAUAAAGGUGAGGCCAAAAAUUGGCUAUUGUCCUCAAUUUGAUGCCUUGCUGGAAUACAUGACUGCUCGAGAAAUAAUGAUCAUGUAUGCCAGAAUAUGGGGAGUUUCUGAGCCCCAGAUUGGGCCAUAUGUGAAGAAAUGUUUGAACUCACUGGAACUGGAGCCUCAUGCUGACAAGAUUAUCAGCAACUUCAGUGGAGGAAACAAACGUAGGCUCAGUACUGCUAUCGCCCUAAUGGGAAAGCCCGCAGUCAUCUUCCUGGAUGAGCCAUCAACUGGCAUGGACCCAGUAGCCCGACGCCUGCUCUGGAACAGAGUGACACAAGCAUAUCAAAGUGGAAAAGCUGUCAUUAUAACCUCCCACAGUAUGGAGGAAUGCGAUGCCCUCUGUACCCGUCUAGCUAUCAUGGUGAAAGGGAAGUUCAUGUGCUUGGGCAGCCCUCAGCAUCUCAAGAACAAGUUUGGCAAUGUUUAUAUCCUGAAGGUCAAGGUCAAAACUGAGGAUAAGUUAAAGGAUAUUAAAACGUUUAUCACAGAGACAUUUCCAGGUAGUGUCUUAACGCACGAGAACCAAAGGAUCCUUAACUACUCCGUUCCCAAGAAGGACAAUGGCUGGGGAAAGGUGUUUGGCAUUUUGGAGAGAGCUAAAGAGCAAUUUGACAUGGAAGACUAUUCCAUCAGUCAGAUAACGCUGGACCAAGUCUUCCUGACCUUUGCUUACACAGAUGAAACAGCAGAAAAUUAUGAAAAAUAGGAGCUAUGAGAUUCAGCGACAGUGACCCUUGUGAACUUUGAGUUGGACUAUGAGUUGAUGUGUAGAGGGAUGUUCCUGUGUGUACAUAUUUUGGUGUAAAAAUAUUUAUGCAAUAAAGAUUUCCCCAAAGGAGAA